AUGCUGGCCACCGGCAGUGAGGAGGACGCCACAAGCACGGCCGCCCGACAGCUCCCCAGGCUCCAGCCCCAGGACGGCGAAGUCCACGUAUGGGUCGAUGCCACAGAGGGUGCGGAACAGCUGGCCACUCUGGCGGAGGACGCAUUGGCCUCCCCUCACUUGAUAGUGGCCGUGGAUGCCGAGUGGCAUGACCCGCGGCCCAUAUCUCUGCUGCAGCUGGCAGUGGAAACUGACCCGCAGCAGCCCCCGACGGUGUUCUUGGUGGACAUGGUGCAUCCGCCUUCCGACGAGGCCCUGCUGUGGUGCCGGAGGCUCCUGAUCCCAGGGACGCAUCGGGUCUUGGCCUUCAGCUGCCACGAGGACCUGAGGCGGCUGCAGAAAGUCGACCUUCUUCCCGACGGCGAUGAGCCCAGCUGGCUCGAUCUGCAGAGCCGCUUCGGGCCCACGGGCCCCCCACCCGGUCUCCAAGCCGUGGUGGCCGGCACGCUUGGGCUUUGGAUGGACAAGCGCCUGCAGACAUCGAACUGGGACCGGCGGCCCCUGAGCCCGGCGCAGCGAACCUACGCUGCCCUGGACGCGGCCGUCUUGCUGCGCUUGCUGAGAUGCGAGGUUCCGCCCCGACCGCCCUGGGAUCUGAAGCCACGCCCUGCCAAAGAGCCGCAAGGCGAGGUGACCAUGGAGGCCGAGCGGGCGCGGUGGCGGCAGUACCGAGCCCAGCCGACGCGCCAGCGCCAGAGGCUUCUGUCAGGUUCUGGGCGGGAGAAGAACAGCGACUUGUGCUUUGUCCUCCCAUCCGUGCUCACGCGGCUCCUCCGAAAGAUGCGGGGGCUUGGCCUGGACACGGAGAUCCUGCGCGAAGGGGCUCCCCAGGGCGAGCUGGUCGAGACUGCCGAGGCGGAAGACCGGAUCAUUCUGUACUACCGAGCCAAGAAGCUGCUACCGGCCCGCGUGGCUCAUCGAACAUAUGUCCUGCAAAGCACGACGCCGGACGAGCAACUACGGGAGGUCAUCGAGGCCUUCGACGUGGACGUGGAUUCGGACUGCCUUUGCGGCCGAUGCGUGCACUGCAACGCCUGGGAUUGGAAUCUCGUGAGCCGCGAUGCCGUGCGCGGGAACCCCCAGGUCGCGCAGAAGACCUUGGACAAUUUCGAUGAAUUCUGGCUCUGCGGCGGCUGCGGGAAGAUCUACUGGGAAGGGAAGAUGUUCGUGAAGGCCCUGGGACACUUCCGCGGCUUCAUGCCCGAGGCGAAGGCCGAUCCGGCGCCAGGGUCAGAGGAUUCCGCACGCGAUCGAGAUCUGGUGGCGCAGCGCGCGCAGGAGCUCGAAGCCUUGGGCUGGAGCGCGCCCCGCGUGCGCGCCACCAUGGUGCGCGAGGGCCUCCUGAGUCCCGAUGGGGCGCUGGAGCAGGACAUUGACCCUGGCAAGCUCGAAAGUGUGGACAGUGCCUCCGGCUACGCCUCUAAGGGGCCAGGGCUUCACGCCACAGCCUGUCGCGGCCGGGGCUCCCGUCCCGUGGUUUCUGCUUUGGUGGCCCUGGCGGCCUUCACAGGGCUCCCGCCCAUCAUCCGGGCCAUCCCCCAGCCGGCGCGGGAGCUGCCCAGCACCCGCAAGGCGCUCCGGCUCUGCCAGCUGCUUGCCAUCGAUGCAGUGAGAGAUUAUUGA